AUGAAGGAGAAGUUCGAUGCGCACGGCGGCGCGGUCCUCGACCUUGACCGCGACGGGCUGCUGGACCUCUACGUCUCGCAAGGCGCCGUCGGUGGGACCGACACGUCGUACCACUCAGAAAACGGCCUCUUCUGGGGGACGCCCGACGGCCGGCUCGUCGGCGGCCGCGGGACAGCCAGGGAGGCAGGGCUCCUCUGCAGGGGGUGCCGCGGGUACAACGUGGCUGUGGCCGAUGUGGAUGGUGACGGCCUCCUCGACAUCAUAUCGUGUAAUAAGGACCGCAACGACGACAACGCGAUCCCCUCGCGGCUCUGGCUGAACCGGCCGACGGCGGCCUCGAGGAGGAAUUUUGCGUACGUGCCCCAGUUCGCGGAUGGCUUCGCGCAAGAGCUUCUUGUCCUCAUUGACAUCCCGCGAUCGACCUCGGGCCAGGACAUGCUCGCAGUGUACAAAUGGGACGCGGCGAGGGGAUUGCUAGCGGAUAUCACACCGGGGUGGUGGCCCAUAUUUGGAAGCCAGUGGAGCAACCGUGGAAAAAUUGGGCGUGUUCUCAAGGCGCUCAGCACUGGCGACUUCAACGGUGACGGCCUCAUUGAUUACGCGUUGCUCACGGCGGCUGAUUACGACCUCGAUGGCACGCUCGACCUGCUCGUCCUGUGCAAUUCAAAUGCCGUCAUCCUGACGCAGACGGCUGACGGCAGCUGGGUCCGCAUGCCGGGCGCCGAUGGCGGCCUCAACAACCCAGGGCGUAGCAAAGCGGACGACGACUGGCUCACCUGGUGUCGGCUGGUCAGCUCGACGUGGUCGCCGACGGCGAGCGGGCCGAGCCUCGCGAGCUCCGCGUCCUUGACGGGCAACAGGUGGUAUGGCCUGACUUCCUUUGACAUCGACAAUGAUGGCUUUAUUGAUCUCAUGCCGUGCAACACAAAGUGUCGGCUCUACCGCAACUCUGGAGGCAACGGCAACUCGUACAUCGCAUUCAGGCUGGUGGCUCCGCGAUUUUGGGCGCCCCAGUCGCCUCCAGCCGGGCCGAGCGGCGCCAGCUGGUAG